AUGCUGGGCCCGCUGAGCGUGGCUGGGCGCGGCACCUUCGUGGAGGAGCCGCAGAGCAGCUCGGACCGCCUGCCCGUGCCGACCUUGGGGCCAAGGCCCAAGAGGCGCCGCCUGGCGACCGCCGCAGUGGCCGAGGGGCUGGCGCGCAGGCCGAGCGGCCUGGUGGACAGGGCGGCCCCGGCCAAGAGGCCAGCGGCGCUGGCGCGCAGGCCGAGCGGCCUGGUGGGCAGGGCGGCCCCGGCCAAGAGGCCAGCGGCACGCCGCAAGCCCGCCGCCAGUGCCGCCCCCCGCGCGGCGCGGGUGCGGCCAGCGGCGCGCGCCCCGGUGCCGCCGCCCCAGCUGCACGCCCGGCUGGCCAAGGCCCUGGAGCCCAGCCGGAGCAGCCCCGCCUCGGCCAUGGCGCUCUCCAGGGCGUACUCCGAUGCGUUUCAGGUGUUCCUCGCCGAGGAGGGGGGGGUGCCGUCGACCAUCGAGGACAUGGAGGUUCGGGUGCUGCAGUUCCUCGACCUCAUGCUGGAGGCGGAGUGUACCCGAGCCGACGCGACCAUCCUGGUCGCGGCGGUCAAGGACGCCUACCCGUGGGACUGUGCGCUCCAGGUGGCAUCGACCUUCUUCACCUACAUCCGCCCAGGAGCCCUUCGGAAGCUACAAGUACGGCAGCUGCUGGCCCCCUCGAGGGCCUCGGGACAGUUGCAGUGCUGGGGCCUGAUCCUCGCCCCGACCCAGAUGGACGCGGGCGCGCCAGGCGAUCCGAGGGGCUCCCAUCGAGAGCUCACCAAGACAGGCACCUCGGACGAGACCGUGAUCAUAGACCACCCAGUCUGGCUCGGCGAGUGCCUGGCAGCCCAUGUUCGCGGGAGGGCGCCGACCGACCUGAUCUUCCCCACCCCCGGCGCGUUCGUGGCGGCCCAGUUCGGAGUCGCGGCCAGGAAGUGCGGCCUCCCCCGGGUCUGCCUCUACCAGCUGCGACACGGGGGGGCGUCGGGCGACAUCCUGUCAG